AUGUUGGAAUUUAGGUGGGCAGAUUGGAAGUUUCAUGUGUCUUUUGACACGAGGGCAGGUCUGAUAAUAUCAUUAGCGACUGUCUAUGAUCAUGAAAAAGGUGAACACAGGAGUGUUAUGUACAGAGGUUUUGUGUCUGAGGUUUUUGUGCCAUACAUGGACUUAAGUGAAGGGUGGGACUUCAGAACUUUUCUUGAUUUCGGGGAAUAUGGAUUCGGGUUAUGUGGUAUAGAGCUGCAGCCAUUAAGGGACUGCCCAGAAAACGCAGAGUUCAUGGACGGAUAUUUCAGUAAUCAGGAUGGAACUCCAGGGAAACAGAAGAACGUGAUCUGUAUAUUCGAACGCUAUGCUGGAAAUGUCAUGUGGCGCCACACUGAAACUGGAAUUGUGGGGGAACAGGAUAGUACUAUUCCCCAGUUCUUGUUCUUGAAUCUUGAUUUUGUGACAAUGGCUUCUGGAAUGAAAAGUUUUGUUGUGAAUCCUAGCAAGAAGACUAAGAUGGGGAACGAAGUUGGGUACCGUUUGAUCCCUAGAUCCCCAGCAGGCCCUUUGUUAUCAGACGACGACUACCCACAGAUUCGGGGGGCUUUCACUAAGUAUAAUGUGUGGGUGACACCUUACAAUAAAAGCGAGAAAUGGGCUGCUGGACAGUUUGCUGAUCAAAACCGAGGCGAUGAUGGUUUAGCUGCUUGGAGCCUCAGGAACAGCAAAAUAGAGAAGAAAGAUAUCGUGUUGUGGUACACAAUGGGAUUUCACCAUGUUCCAUGCCAAGAAGAUUUCCCUGUCAUGCCAACACUUAGCAAUGGAUUCGAGCUUAGACCAUCCAAUUUCUUCGAGUAUAAUCCAGUGCUCAAAAUAAAGCCUCCCAAACAGUAAGAGCUAUCAAGAAAAGUCUCACGGGACUAGCUCGAUCAAGAAAAUAUGUUACAAUUUGCUGCUUCUUUGAAGACCAAGAAAAUAUGGUUGAACCAAGAUAGAAGGCAUAUCCCGAUAUGCUUUUUCUGGU